AUGGCACAUUCCGCAGGACUAACCGGCUCUCAGAACCCGCCUCGCUUCUCUUGGAGCCGGCCCGGGGCCAAUGAGCCUCGUCCAUCGAUCGACGCCCACAGCCUCGACGCCUCCCCUCCCUUCUACCGAGGUGUCCACCAGCCGCGCAAGAACUCGGCCCCCGGCUUGAUCGAUCCCUCGUCGACUUCGGCCACCGGUGCCUCGCGCCUCUCGCUGCGCCAGCCGCUGCCCACCGCCCACACGUCGCCCAACCCGGCCUCACAGCAUGCCAGGAGGCUGAGCUUGCACCACAGUCUGGCCAAGCCUCUGCCGCAGACCCCCCCCGCUUCCAGCACCGGAGCCACCCGAGACCCCGACCCCAGAAACCCCACUAUCGAACCCCCCGCCAUGGACGGCCGAACGAGCACAAUGGACUCGGCCAGCUCGGCCGCCUCGGGCCGCCUGCACACAGGCCCUGACCGAUACCUCGCACACAUGAGCACCAGCAGCACCAGCAGCCUGGCCAGCUCCGCCCGCCGCGACAGCAGCGCCGAGGAGACGAGGGACCGCCUGGCGCCCCGGACCAACGGCCCGGCCUCGACCACGCCGUCGCCCGCCACCGUCCAGGGCAGGUCGCCCGCCCCGGCCGCCCACGUAGGCGGCCCCUCGCGUGGCUCCUCGGCCCACCUAUCGGGCCUCAUGUGCAAUGUCCACCGCACCACGGGCCGCGAGCCCCCGCCCCUCGUCGGCGCCACCACCACCAUCCUCGGCGAUCGCCUCUACGUCUUCGGCGGCCGCGUCAUCUCCCGCAGCCGCCCCGCCUCCCUGACCUCGGACCUGUACGAGCUCGAUCUGAUCCGCCGCCACUGGUCAAGGCUCGACACGACGGGCAACGUACCCCCGCCCCGGUACUUUCAUUCCAUGUGCCCGCUUGGUGAUACCAAGAUGGUGUGCUACGGAGGCAUGUCUCCGGCCCCCGACCAGCAACAGCAGCCGCAAGAACAACCCGAAAUCUCCGUCAUGUCCGACAUCCACAUCUUCGACGUGACCUCCAAAACGUGGACGCAUGUGCCCGCCCAGGACGCGCCUCAGGGUCGCUACGCCCACUGCGCCUGCGUCCUGCCCUCGGCGGCCACGUUUACCUCUCCCCGCGCGCCGCUGUCGGCGCUCCAGCACAACCCGCCGGCUGGCAACCCCAACGAGGGCCGCAUCGGCGUCAAUAUCGACGGCUCCGGCGGCGCCGAGAUGGUCGUCGUCGGCGGCCAAGACGGCGGCAACCACUACAUUGAGCAGAUCAGCGUCUUCAAUCUGCGAAGCCUCAAGUGGACUUCGACGCAGCCGCUCGGCAAGAGCUGCGGCGCCUACCGCAGCGUCACGGCCCCGCUGUCCCCGUCACUCGCGACCAGGAUCGGCAGGGCCGCCCAGCAGCACCCGGCGUCGUCGCAGCGACCAGACGGGCCCGAAGCGCGCGAGGCCAACUCAUCGAUGCUCAUUUACUCCAACUACAACUUCCUCGACGUCAAGCUCGAGCUGCAGAUCCGGGCCUCGGACGGCACGCUGACGGAGCGGCCCAUGUCCGGCUCGUACUCGCCCCCGGGCCUCCGCUUCCCCAACGGCGGCAUCAUCGACACCCACUUCGUCGUCAGCGGCACCUACCUCACCUCGUCCAAGCAAGAGUACGCCCUGUGGGCGCUCGACCUGCGCACCCUGACGUGGAGCCGCAUCGACGCCGGCGGCAGCGUCUUCAGCCAGGGCAGCUGGAACCGCGGCGUGCUGUGGAACCGGCGCAACACGUUUGUCAUUCUCGGCAACCGCAAGCGCAGCCUCGUCGACGACUACAACCACCGCCGCAUCAACUUCUCCAACGUCUGCAUGGUGGAGCUCGAGGCCUUUGGCUUCUACGACAAUCCGCGCAAGACGAGCCCCAUGUCGGGCUUCAUCUCCGCCAGCAGCCCCUACUCGGGCCACGGCCUCAGCAUCACCCGCAAGGCCGGCUACACGGCCGCCGGCCGCUCUCACUCGCGCGCCAGCGAGGAGCUGGGCGAGAAGGCGCUCGGCAUGCGCGAGCUGGCCGACAUGGACAUUCUGUGCAUCGGCGGCGAGCGCAUCCCGGCCAACUCGCGCAUCGUCGCACGCCGAUGGGGCCCCUACUUUGUCCAGCUUCUGCGCGAGGGCUCCGCGACCCUGGACGUGCCCGAGGCCCCGACGCCGCGGAACGCGAGCGACAGCGCCACGACUGGCAGCGGCACGAGCGGCACCUCGUCGCUGUUGUCGGGGUCCACGUCGAGCGCGGCGGCGUCGCUGACAUCGGCCGCCCCCUCGGCCAUGUCGGCGGGCUCCCCGGGCCAGGGCGAAGACAUCAACCCCGCCGCCGUCAACACGGCGCCGACGCCGCGCUCGCUGCCGCCGGGCGCCCGGCCGCGGUGCCUGUACCUGCCACACACGUACCUGACGGUGCAGGCGCUGCUGCACUUUCUGUACGCGAGCUCGCUCCCGCCGCCGUCAUCGCCGCUGUGCACGCCGCAGAUCCUUUGCUCGCUGCUGCAGAUUGCGCGGCCGUACCGCGUCGAUGGGCUGCUCGAAGCCGUCGUCGAGCGGCUACACACGCUGCUCGACAGCCGCAACGCCGCCGCCGUCUUCAACGCGACGGCUAUGGCGGCGGGGGGAGGCCGCGGCAUCGACGGGUCCCUCAACCCAAACUUCUUCGUCGGCAGCCUCGACCCCAUCCUGUCGCCAGCGUCAACGACGGACUUUUCGCUAGGCGGCGUGGCGGGCAACUUGCCUCCGUCGGAGCCGGAGCCGACAUCGGCCUCGUCGGGCCUGCCGCGGCUCAACACGACCAACCUGGCGCCGCAGCCGCACAGCCGCACGCCGAGCGGCGAGCUAUCAGCGUCGACGAGCUUCAGCGGGUCCGAGUGGGAUUCAGAGAGGGGCAGCAGCAGCGACACACACCGGUUCGUGUGGAACGGCGAGCUCAGCAGCGUCAUUGGGCUGCAGAAACGCGGGCUGCGCGGCCUCAUGGAGGGGCGCAGGAUGCGCGAGCGGUCGGGCACGUCGGGCACGGCCAACGCGGGCGGGUCUCCGGGGUACGCGGGUGGCGCGGGGGGUGGGCAGCGCGUCGGGCUGGGAAUUGCCGGGUCGUGA